CUCCGUUUUACUGAAAAGGAAACUGAGGCAAGGAGAACUCAUGGGACUAGCCCGAGGUCAUGUGACCAGUCAGUGGCAGAGCUCCAACUGGAAUCUCGGGCCCUUUGCUCCCCGUUCCGCUGCCCAUACUUUUGGCUCUGGUCCUUUCCCUUCCUUGCACACUCACUCGCGCUGGCGCGCUCCCUGGGCUCGCCUUCCCCCACCCCUUCUCUCUGCCCACCCUCCAGCCCGAGCCUCUGACCCCGUGUCCUGCACGUCUGUCCGUCCUCAGGCCGCGCCGGGCCCUGAGCGCGCCCCGCCACCCGCCGGGCGGUCCGGGCCGGGGCAGGGAGCACGUGGCCCCCCGCCUGAUCCGGUCUCGGGGCAGGGGCGGGGGCGGGGGCUCUGGGAGGCCGCUCGCGGUGCGCAGCACUUCGCUGUCCCCGGGCCAUUGUCCCCGGGGCGGGGCCGGCCCGAGCCACGCCGCCCCGAAGUGCUGAGCUGGGAAGAGCGCUGGGUGCUGAUGCAGAGGGCUGUCCCCCAAAGCGUGGAGGAGGCCGCCGGGGGCCCCGCCGUGGCCAUGGACGGCUACCCCAGCCCUGUGCCCGCCUUCCUCACCAAACUCUGGACGCUGGUGGGGGACCCCGAGACGAACCAUCUCAUCUGCUGGAGCCCCAAUGGAACCAGCUUCCACGUCCGCGAUCAGGGCCGCUUUGCCAAGGAAGUUCUUCCCAAAUACUUUAAACACAACAACAUGGCCAGUUUUGUGAGGCAGCUUAACAUGUACGGCUUCAGGAAGGUGGUGAGCAUUGAGCAGGGAGGCUUGGUGAAGCCUGACCGGGAUGACACCGAGUUCCAGCACCUCUGCUUCCUCCGAGGGCACGAACACUUGCUGGAACACAUUAAGAGGAAGGUAUCGGUGCUGAGGAGUGAGGAGAGCCGGCUGCGCCAGGAGGACCUGAGCAGGCUGCUCUGCGAGGUUCAGCUGCUUCGGGGACAGCAGGACAGUGCCGAGGGCCAGCUCCAAGACCUCAGGCAGCAGAAUGAGGUCCUGUGGCGUGAGGUAGUGAGCCUCCGGCAGCAGCACCAUCAACAACACAGAGUUAUCAACAAGUUGAUCCAAUGUCUCUUUGGCCCACUCCAGGCUGGGCCCAGCGGUGGGGCCACCAAAAGAAAACUGCCCCUGAUGCUGGAUGAAGGGAUGGCUACCCACACUGGAGUCAAAGUCAGCAGGCCCUUGCCCAAGCUUCCCUUACAGGAUUCCUACUUUAUCCAGUCACCUUCCACAGAGCCAUCCUCCUGCCAAAACAGCCCCAGGGGGCUGAAGGGACCCGUCAUUUCUGACAUCUCUGAAGCCUCCCCCUCCCCCGAAGGCAUCAUGUCACCUUCCUCAGGCACUGGGAGGGAGAAGGGCCUGGUACUGCUCAAGGAAGAGCCAGCCAGCCCCGGGGGGAAAGGCACAGCUGGUCCAGGCGUUGGCCCAAACGACUAUGACUUCUACAUGACAGCCCCACCCGUGCUCCCCGUGGCUGUGGUGCAGUCCAUCCUGGAAGGCAAGGGGAGCUGCAGCCCCGAGGGGCACAAGAGUGCCCAGCAGCCAGAGAGAAGGGGCCCGAGGGGGCCCCCAGACAGAGAAUUGGGGGAGCCCCUAGAUGUUGCAGACCUGAGUCUAGAGAGUUUACAGCUGUUGCUUCGGGGCCAGCCUGCCAGCUUAGAGCCCGAAGCCGGGCUGGAGGUGUUCAACCCAGGCCUCCCAGGGAGCGAGUGGAGUCUGCUAGAUAUGGAUGUGGGGCUGUCCCUGAUGCAGCAACUCCCCAAAGAUAUGGAGAAGAGUGAAACUGAGCUGUUAUCCAAAGAGAUGAAUCCCCCGGAGUCAGGAAAGGAGCCGGCAGCCUCCAGAAGCCCCCGGACGUUCGCAAUGGAAGCCCCCUCCAGUUUCGGAGCUCCGGCCCUCGGGGUCCCCGGUGCCUUGGCCCUUUAUGACCCUUCCCAGACCCUGGCCCAGAAUGGGCCUCGGACCCCCUAUCUGAGCCCGGGGGCUAGCCCCGACCCAUGAAGGGAGAGUUUACCAGAGUAGGGCCAUCGGGGUGGGCUAGAGUGAUUCGGAGCCCUCCCCAUUCUGGGCCGCAAGUUCGGGUUCCAGUCCCGCUCCCCCUUCCCCCAUCCCUGUCCCCGCAUUCCCACCCCUGGAAUUGCAAGGCUCCGGGCUUGAGUAAGAGAAUACGCCAGGCAGUGAAUUGGGUGGGUCGCGCCCCAGAGUGCGCUGAGCGCCCCUGGCUGGAGACAGAUCCUUCCCAGAAGCCCAGGGUUCCGCCUAGCCGCCGGCCGGUUCGGCGGGGCCGGAGGGCGGGGCCCGGCCCGGAUUUCAUUGGCUCUGGGGGCCCGCCUCCACUCCGCCCCCUCCACGUGGUCCCCCUCCCCCAGCUCCCCGACUGCUGCCCGGCCCUUCCCUGCUCUGUGGUCCCCGGUCCCCAAGCAUCUCCUGAGUGCGGGUUACAAAUAAAAAAGCUGCAGUUUCUUUCCA